AUGCGUUUUUCACUAUUGCUCAACGUCUUAGGCGUUGCAGCCGCUGAGAUUCCGGCUCGAAACGGCGAAAACUUCCUUCAUAGACGGAGCGAAACUGUCACUAUACAGCCUACUGCUACCGCAAACAACGAAGUACCGAUUCAAGAUGGUUAUGUUGCUAGCCCACCUGACGCUCAAACAUACGGAGCUGAUGACGAGCCAGAAACAUCACUGGCGCAAGUACCUCAAGUCACCCAAUCUGUUUCAAUUGAGGACGAUGACAAAAAAGAAGAGCAGAAGCUGGAGGAAACCAGCGCUUCUGUCUCUGAGCAAGGGGAUGUGGCCACUGAGACAAGCCCGAAGAUGGUAUAUAACCUUGCAUGCAGUUGCAACCAGCCUGCCCCUAUUCCAACCAUCACGGGAGGGUAUACUGCCAAUCCGCCGCCAGCUCCGGUUCCAACUACAACCAGUCAACUUACAGUGGUCCCGUACCCUACUUACAAGCCUCCUGAGCCUGUAACCACCACGACCGAGCAAGCUCCAGUGCCCGACCCUACAACAAGUUCAACUUACCAGGCCCCUGAGUCCUCGACCACGGUAUCUGACACUGUAGUGCCUUACCCUCCGCCGAGUUCUAUAUACGAACCUCCACAAAUUUCAACCACGAGCACCGAGGUUUAUGAGCCCCCUAGCACAACCAGCGAGACGCCACUGCCCCCUACUACCACGAUUUCGCCCCCUGUCACUACACAGUCAUGCGCGCCUGGUGAGCCUGUCACCGUAACGGACAAGAUUUAUAUUACCAAGACAGUCACGGACAAGGUUCAUAUCACUAAGACAGUCACGCAAAAGAUCCAUGUUACUAAAACCGUCACGGAUAAGGUCACUGAGACGGUGACUGAUAAGGUAACAGUUACUGAAACUCAAACUGCGGCAACAGUGACCGAGACGGUAACUAAAACCGUAAUUGAGGGCACAACAGUGGUGCAGACUCAACCUCCUGUCACAGUUACUGCAGAUGGAGAUACAAUUACGGUACCUGGCCCUACAAUUACCGAAGAUGGAGUAACGGUCACAGUAUCCGGUCCUACAGUUACAGAAGACGGAGACACAAUCACAGUACCCGGUCCUACGGUCACUGAGGCUGGAGAUACAGUUACAGCACCUGGUCCUACAGUCACCAGAGAUGGAUAUACAGUCACUCUACCUCCUGUCACAGUUACCACAGAUGGAGACACAGUCACAGUACCUGGUCCUACAGUUACCGAAGACGGAGAAACAGUCACGGUUCCCGGUCCCACAAUUACCGAGGCUGGAACUACUAUCACUGAGCCUGGGACCACUGUAACGCUCCCUCAAUUGACUAUCACGGAGGCUGGAAUAACCGUGACUCUACCCGAGAAGACUGUUACAGAGUCCGGCAGCAUCGUGACUGAAGCUGGGACCACUAUCACUCUUCCUGAAGUGACGAUUACCAGACCUGGUAGCACUGUUACAGAAGCUGGAACGACCAUUACUGAGCCUGGUCUAACAGUUACUGGUACUGUAACUAUCCCUGGAACCAGAAUUACAGUCACUGAGACUGGAGAAGAUGAGACUGUGACCAUCCACAGAACUGUCAUACAGCCAGGCGAGGACAGGACUAUCCUGAGAACUGUUACUCUUCCAGGUCAGGAAUCCGUUGUGACGGUAUCUGGUGAAGAGCGAACCGUUACGGUUCCUGGAGAGCGUACCGUGGUGACUGUACCCGGUGACCAGGCCACCGUCACAGUCGAGUCCAUCGUUACUGAGCGUCUUCCAGCAGAAACGGUGACUCGCACAGAGGACGGAGAGACUAUUGUGACAGUGGUCCCAGGCCCAACAACUGUAUACACCACCACAUUGGUAAUUGGUCAGACCGUGCAGCUUCCUCCGACCACCGUUACUGCAACUCCCGGGCGCAUUACCCUGUGCCCUAAGCCUACAGGCAGAUCUGCACCCCUUGACCCCAAAUCAGACCUCACGUUUGGCUGUGAGCCUGGAUACGUCUGUAACCCUCCCAAGCCAUCGUGGUGUAACUUUUGGGCCGAGCCACCUUCUGAGGACUAUCUAUGUGAGCCCCAGUACUGUGUCAAGGCUCCUAAACUGAGGAAGCCCCAAUGGCGUAAGAAUGAGACUGAGUACUAUCCCCGAGCUUCCGGGUACUUUGAUCUGAACCCCGAGGCUUUCGGCCUUUCUUACGACAUUUUCGAGAAGCAAGUCUACGAAAAGAUUGUUAGCAGUGAGCUCAAGACCUUCACAACGGGUAACUGGGCCUCCCAGACAACCUUGAGUGACUGGCCCGAUGCUACUACCUCGGUAGCAGAGAAUUACGAUUACGCCCCUAGCAGCAACCAGCGACGUGGACUACAUAUGCUGAAGACGAGAGACGUUACUCCGGCCAUUUGCUACGACGACUGUAACGGCGCGUACAGAAUUGCCCAAAGAUUUGGAAAAUCGGAUAGGCUUUGCGACGAUGGUUCAUCGUUCCGUAACAGCUACGGCUUGUGCCGACAGUGCAUUGGCGAUAACACUGAGGAGACCAAGCAAACUGAGCGAGACUACGUCGUGCCUCAGUUCCAACAGUUCACCGAGUUCUGUGACGGUAAAGAUACUACAAGUGCCACGACAGCCGCGCCUGGUCCCGAGUCUCAGGUCACUGAAACUCCAGACGUGGAGACGGAGAGUCAGGUCGAGGCUACCUCGGGCGGGUUUGCCGCCAUCACAACCUCAGAGGAAUCUGAGCCCGAGUCGAGCAAUGCCGCCGAGCCUCAGUCGACCGAUGACACCCCCGAGCCUACUUCUGUGCAGGAAGACAAGACUACAGAUCAGCCUGAACCUACUUCCAAUAUCCCUAUUGUCACGGACGACCCCGAGUCUGUAUCUACAGCAGCUGAUUCCACACAAGACUCAGAGCCUACUUUGACGGCAGUAGGAUCAUCUUCAGAUGCAUUGCAGCCAACUACAUCUGUGGAAGCUGCCGAACAGAGUGCCGAUACGACUGAAAGACCCGAAGCGACAGAGACCGAAACAGCAGCUGAGGAGACAUCAACCGACGGGUCUGAAAACUCUGCAGCUGGUGAGUCCACCACUUUGCCUUUUACUACUAAGAAAGUCAUCGUGACUGUUACAUCAUCUCUUAAGGACUCUUCUGAGACUGAUGUCGUUUCUAUCAUCACAGAAACAGGUUCAAGAACUGCUCAGACCAAGGGUGUCGAGACAGACUCUUCCAAGACCGAUUCAGAGGCUGCUACUGAGACUGGUGACGCCGCAACCGAGACAGAUGGUUCGGAAACUGCUACAGAGACUGGCGGUUCUGGAGCUGCCGCUGAGACCACAAUCAAAGCCACACGCUCUGAUAAGACUGCUGCUACCGAGACUGAGACAGAAUCGGGAGCCGGUGCAACGGAAGCCACAGAAACAGACGAUUCAGGUGCCGCUACUGCUACCACUUCAGGUGAGAGCGAGAGCGAGAGUGAGACCAGGUCACGACUCGAGACACGCACUUCAACCUCUACGUCAGACGAGACCGCAGCACCCUCAACUGUUGAGGCUUCGGCUUCCCGAUUGACUGCCAGCCUUGCCACUUUCAUCGCUCUUCUGUCGAUGCUAGUGAUCCUCAUUUAA